UUAUAGACUGGAGUUUCCUCAUGAUUGGUAUAAACUGAUCUGUAAAAAGUGGUUUCUCGUAGCCACUCUUAAUUAAGAUAAGAAUUAUGAUUGGCCAGUUUAUUCGAUCAGUUUUGACUCAAUCAAGCAUUAAUAAGAAUUCAUUAAGUUCCUAGUAAGUGCUUUUUAUGCACCCUAAAUGUGUAAAGGAAACCCCUUGCUCCCAGGGACCUGAACUUUCUUCUAGGCUGACCCAUCCUAUUUGCAUGCCUGGAUGUCACCUGAAGACUGCAAACAGAGGUCACAGGUGAAGAGCCCUAGGAACAUGACCUGGAACUAAAGGUUACAGGUCUGUGAUCAAGAUAAAGGAUAAAUGUGUGGAGUGAAAAACACAUGCUCUCUUUAUUCCAUGGGAGGCAGUGUGGAAGGACCAUGGCUGAGGGUGACAGCCAUGUGGAGAAACACAUGGACAGAGUUAGGUUAGAUUAAGCUUAAAUCUCUCUAUAUCUGCUUUUUCUAUUUCAAGUGGUUAUUAAUAAACUCUAUGGAAAAUAAGAACCCGGGAUUAUUAAUUUUAAUCUAAUGUAAAUGAAGAAAAAAACAUAAAAGUGAGAAAGUCUCCAUUUAACUAGAGGACCCAAAACAUAAUUAAAAGGUGCAAGGGAAGAAUGCUUUGGUAUAGGAGUCAUAGGUAUUGGGAGGGGAGUGUAGAUAUAGAGUCAUAGGUUGCUCAGUCUUUUUCGGGACCAAUUUGAUUACAGUAUCCUGAGGAUAAGUGAAUAGAAGGAACGAAGAGGUCCUGCAUAUGGUGCCUUGUAUUUGGCAAGAUGACCUCGCUACCCAGACCCUACUGUUCUGGUAGAUGUCUGGCCAGGGAGUAGCCUGGUCUAGACAUGUGGAUCUGCUAAAAGUAAAGGAUUCACUUAUCUUUAAGUUCAAUUAUAUUUACCAAGGGGGAGUUAGUUUCUAAAGAUGAGUAGGUUAACACCUUAUUCAUAUAUUUUUUUUUUACUUUGGAGAGUGUAAGGAUAAUUUAGGGUUGUGACCUAAUCUAAAUUAAUUUUGGUUGCCAGGGAAUAAAAUACUCAAGUCAGCUUGGAAAUGUAUGGUGGUUUAAUUAAUAUAGAGGGAAAGAAUUAAGGAGAAGAGAGAGGGAAAGGUAUAGGAUUUCUCCCACCUGACUUGUUCCAGGGGGAGUUCAAAGUUCUCCACCAUGAGGUCUUUGAAGAUUAGAGGCUUUUUCUAAGAGGAUGGUGUUUGGAAGGUUAAGGAGGGAAGAAUCAGCCUUAACUCCAAGACAGCUCAGAGAAAAUGCCUCACCUGAACUAGGUUACUAGGCUUCUUCCAGUAUGGUAUCAAGGAAAAGUCACUGCUAACCUGGACAAUACCUGCCACCAUGUCAAGAAAGACUCAGCACGCUGCCCCCAGCCACCUCUCUGCUGCCACAGAGACCAGAGAGAGGAAGUGAUACAAAAUAUAUAGACUACUUUGCAUCACUUUCCUGCAUCUCACAUGUACCAAUGGUAGCUUAAGCUUAACUUAGGACAGCUGAGGGGUCUGUCAGUUGUUUUUGAUUUGUCAUUUUGCCUACACAUGUCUGUCAUAGGCCAUCCUCCUAAAUACUUAAUCCUUAAGUAUGGGUGUAGACAUUCCUUUUUUUAUUAGACUAAGUAGGGUGGAGUAAUCUAAAGUUCACAAGAGGAAGUUCCUAGCAUAGCACUAGUCAGUCUCACUUUGCUCUGAUCUAUGACAAUAACCCAACUUCCUUCCAAAUGUGGGUCAUAUCUAGAACUAGAAUAUAUGGAUCUAGCCCCAUAAGCCCAUACCCACAAUUAAAAAAGUCUGGAUUGCUAUCUUCCCAUGUGAAAGACAUGACCCUUUGCCUUGGCCGUGUCCCUGAGUAUCUUUCAAAGCCUUUCAUCCAUUCCUCAUUUUUUCCUUUCAACAACCUAAACCUUCUUCAGGGAUAACUAUUCCCUAUUUCUUUUAGAAAACCUGAUUGGGCAUGGCCUGUUGCCUUUAUCAUCUUGAUUAUCCCCUUCUCUCUGAUCUCCAGUUCAGCAAUGCUCUUCCUAUAAUGUAGAAUCCCAAACUAAAUGUGAUAUCCAGUUGUGUUCAGAUGGUAAAGAGGACUAAAUCACUGCAUUCAUCAACCCUUUUUUUUUCCCUUCUGGAGUGAACAUUGCAUGGAGGUAAGGGAAGGAAUGAAUGACCUCCUGUUUCAUAUGACUUCUCUUCUCUUCUUACAGCAUCUCAAGUGAUCUCAUGGAGUCCCAGGAUGCCUCAAAGGGAGUAUUUCCAUUUGUUCCUCAGUCAGGCCCUGUAUACUUCCCACAGGGGCCAAUUGCUGUACCUGUACACUAUCAACAUCGAUGGAAAGACCCCCAGCAGAAAGUCCUGAAAGGAGAUCCCAAGGCACUGGGGACUGUCCAGAUCAUGAUUGCCUUCAUGAAUUUCAGUCUAGGCAUGCUCUUUGUUUUGCUUCCUGAAGAUAUUAAUGGUAGAAGACAUUUUCUGGUGUACACUGGCUACGUCUUUUGGGGAACAGCAUUUUUCAUCAUCUCUGGCUCCCUCUCCAUUGCUGCAGAGAAGAGAGCCACGACUAUUAUGGUCCAAAGCAGCCUAGCAAUGAACGUUGUCAGCUCAGUGAUGGCUGGCCUGGGAAUCGUCUUUCUCUCAAUCAAUUUGGUAACACAUUUAUUCCUUUAUUACUGUCGUGAAGAAGGUUCCCAUUUUUCCUGCUUUACGUUAAUAUUUCUAUUUCUGGGAAUCAAUGUGAUUCUGUUAAUACUAGCUGUCUUAGAAUUUCUGGUCUCCAUUAUCACCUCCAGCUUUGGUUGCAAGGCAUUGUGCUGUGGCCAGAGUGAGGUUACUCAUAUAUGGGAUUUCUAUUGGCUCUACAGGUCACUCUCUUCAUGCCUACCUCUACCUACCAUGUGCCAGAGAACCCUGCUACUGAUGCAACAACUGCAUUACCAGAAAUCCAUCCUGAUGGUCCCUUAUAGGAAACUUGCUUCCCUUUCCCUGCUUCGCUGUUUCUUCAUGAAUGAUCAAGGAAAUCAACCAUUUUCCCCUUAAUUUCUUUGUAGUCACUUUCAGCAUUGGUCACUGUUAAAAGGAUUUUCUUAUUCUUUCCCCAGUCACUUUAAGAGACAGGAACAAACAUUUUUAUGUAAGAACAAGAGAGCUGAGAAGAGAUUUAGUUAGAGCUUAAGAUUCCAUUACCUAGGAGAUGAGAUAUAUAAAGAAAGAGACAGUUGAAGGUUUAUGGGCUUUUAUCUUUGAUCUUGGAGGGAGCAGGUCAGGCUGGCUUUGACUCUGUGACUGGCAGUUUUUUAACUACUGACAAGUGGGACAGAGAAACAGAUUUAAGGAAGUUGUCAGUGAUUAAUGAUUAUUGAUUAAUUUAGGUAGGUAGGUAGUGAAUACAUUUCUAGGUAAGAGUAAGUUAGGUAAGUUAGGCCUGGUCUGCCAGGCAGAAGAACCUGUCCUUGAUGACAGAGUAGGGCUUUUUUAGAAACUUCAGGUAGGAUUAGGAUUUUAGGCAUAGUCACAAAGUAUUAGUGUAAUAAUCUCACUUUUCUCCUUUCUAUUUUAUAUCUGAACUUCUAAAUAAACU